CAACCACUCCGCGCACUCGCGUCGCGCGCCUUUUCGGCACAGCGGCAGCACUGCUCCAUCCAUGAUCGCUCCCCAACACCACGGUCGCCCACGCCCACAUGAUCGCGCGCGCUUUGCGGUACGUCUCGCGGCCAAAGCUGUCGUCCCCCGUCGGUUCCUCUUGGCGCCGCGCAUCAUGCGCGCCGGCUCCUAUAUAAUAUAUAAGCGAUCGAGCAGCACGCCAGCGGCUUUCUGCACCGCACCGGUGAGCCCAAGUGUCCGAGACUUCGAGCGCGCGUGGUCGUCUGCGGAUCGAGUUCGAGGUGGUGGGAUCGAUGGCAGGAGGCGGCGGCAGGGGCGCUGCGGCUGCGGCUGCGAGCGCUCUAGCGCUGGCGGCUCUGGUGUGCUCGCUGUCCUGCGGCCUCGCGCAGGGCCGCGUGGCGAGGAAGAGCCUCGGCAUCGGCCUGGGCGGCGGCGGUGGCGGCGGAGGCGACGGGCUGGGCCUCGGGCUUGGACUGGGCCUCGGCGUCGGCGCAGGUACCGGAGGAGUGUCGGUGUCUGGGUCUGGCUCUGGGUCUGGGUCGGCGCCUGUGGUGGGAUCUACCUCAGGGUCUAGGUCUGGGUCUAUAUCCGUUGGAGGGGCCAGCUCGUCCGCCGGAUCGAGUGCCGGAUCGUCCGCGGGCUCCACUGGGUCGGCGGCCGGCUCUUCUGCGGGCUCUGGCGGCGGGCAAGGGUACGGGCAGGGCGGUGGGAGCGGGUCGGGAUCUGUGUAUGGGGAGGGUAGUGGGUCGGGCAAUGGGUUGGUGGGUAUAGGGACUGGCCAGGGGUAUGGUCAUGGUUCUAACUUCGGUGGAAAUCCUUGAAGUCAUAAAAUGUUUGUAUUGUAUGGCGCGGUGUGGUGUAUUUUGUUCUAUAACAGUGGAAUAUACUAUCUUUUCUUU